AUGGAGAACCCGCUGAUUUCGUCGCAGAAGUCCUCGGACUCUGGACUUCAGGCAGUUCUGCAUCCGCUGGUCCUCCUCACAAUAUCCGAUUACAUCACACGCCACACCCUGCGAGACCAGCAGGGACCGAUUGUGGGAGCUUUACUGGGACAACAAAACGGACGCGAGAUCACCAUUGAGCAUGCCUUUGAAUGUGCCACAAUUGCGCAGAACAGAGAAGUCAUCAUGGACCCCAUAUGGUUUGGACAAAGAUUGGACCAAAUGAAAACCAUUCACAAGUCUCCCCAGCUCGAUCUCGUCGGCUGGUACACAGUCCUCCCAAAGAGCGGCCCCACUCCAGCAAUAUUACCUAUCCAUCACUGGAUCCUCUCCGAGCACAACGAGUCCUCUAUGCUGCUGGCCGUUCAUCCGGAAGAAGCCGUGGAUCCCUCAGUGGGAAGCAAGCUACCUUUGACCAUAUACGAAACCAACUAUGAAGCAGAUGAGCCAAAGGUCGACCAGGGUGAAGACAAGGAGAUGAGAGAUGCCGAGCCUCCGCUAAAACUAAAGUUCAGAGAGCUCUCGUACUCGGUAGAGACGGGGGAGGCAGAGAUGAUUAGCAUGGACUUCGUGGCCCGCGGUGCAGGCAAUGCAACAGCCGUUGAGUCGAGAGGCCAGAAGAAAACCGCAGCCAAGAGCAAAGCUGCCGACGCAAAAUCCAAGGGUAAACAGCGUCUCGGUUCUCCUGGCAACAAGGAGGCCGCGACUGCCACUGAAGCUGAUGAGCUUAUGCUUUCUAGGGAGGAUGAAGAGCUGAUUGCGGCGUUGACAGCAAAAGCCAAUUCAGUGAAGAUGUUGCAAUCUCGGAUCAAGCUUCUCAUCACAUACCUGCAGCGACUACCGCCCUCAGGAUUGUCUGGGGUCGAUCCUUCAUCGGUCGCGGAUCAGGCGGCAGAUCCGCACACCAUCCCAUCCCACACGAUCUUGAGAUCCAUCCAAGCCUUGGUCAACCGCCUAGCACUGCUUGUGCCAUCGGCAACAGCAGAUUUCGAGCAGGAAAUGCUCAGUGAAGCCAAUGAUGUGCAUCUCAUGUCUUUGCUGAACCAGGUGAUGCAGAGUGUCACCGAGGUUCGCGACAUUGGCAAGAAGCAUGUUGUGGUAGAGGCUGCUCGAAGUCAGAACAAGAAAAAUAUACUGCCGGACAUUGUUGGCGGCAGCGGCAGUUUCAAUUUGCCAGGUGCUGGGGAUCUCUCCAUCUAG